AUGCUCAAUUCAUGCCAUUGGCGCUCCGUUGCUGACCUGCACGACACUUUUGUGCGUGAAUGGGACGCCGCGGUGUUCUACGCUCAGCGCUCUGUGCGCACUCAGGCCAAAACUACACUGGAGAUGGUCGCCACGACCAUCGGCUUGUGCACGCUCGGCGGCCUGUUCACGCGCCGAAAGAUCCUCUGGCUGACCGACAGCUCGCCGACCGUGUCCCUCUGGUCUUCAGGGUACGCUGCGGGGUCGUUGAUCUCCGGCGCUAUUCGCAUCACCGACCUACUCAACCCCAUGCCUCCCGCCCCGGCUGCCCCGCCCGCCACCGCUGCUGCGCCCGCCCCCGCUCGCCCAACGCGUGCUGCUGCUGUCGCGACCGUGUGUGCAGCAGCAAUGGCGGCUGCGGCGCCAUCACCGGCCGAAGAUGAGGAGGGUUACGACGAAGCGCUGGCGGCGGAAGAGGAUCUGGAAAUGUUGAAUGACGAAGAUGUCAAAUUGCGAGAUAGCAGCGACCAUCCGAUCCGAACUCCAUGGCUCCCUUCGCCUCAACUUCCUCCGAAAGUUUAG